AUUAAAAAAAAUAUAUCAUUUAACGCGCUCGAUAGGUCGGUAUUCGUUCGGUUUAUUUUAUUGACCACUCGCCAGAUGUUUGCGCAUUGUUUUACAGUGCGCAGUAGUUUCUCUCUCGUGAAAUCGGGAUUCUGUUUUAGUAUUUUAGCCAUUUUGAAAAUAGUGGCGUGUAUGGAUUAGACCUAGUGUUUUUUAGGUGACAAAUAUGUCUGGGAACGAUGAGAAAGUUUCGACUACGCAGCGUAUGAUCUCAACUGUUGCUUUCCCUCCAGGCCGCAAGUUGACUGUAAGCGAAGUAUUUGAUGAGAAAGCUGGUAAACCCUUACCAGAUGUAUUGAGGCAGCAUUUUAUUUCAGAGGGUCGAAUCGAAGAAAACGCGGCAUUAAGAAUAAUUCAAGAUGGUGCCACUUUAUUACGAUCUGAAAAGACGAUGAUUGAAAUCGAUUCCCCAGUGACCGUGUGCGGGGACGUCCAUGGCCAGUUUUACGAUUUGAUGAAAUUAUUUGAAGUGGGUGGUUCUCCAUCAUGCACCAAGUAUUUAUUCUUAGGUGAUUAUGUCGAUCGAGGUUAUUUCAGUAUAGAAUGUGUUCUCUAUCUGUGGGCUUUGAAAUUAUGCUAUCCGAAGACAUUAUUUCUGUUACGCGGUAAUCACGAAUGUCGACAUUUAACGGAAUAUUUUACCUUCAAACAAGAAUGUAAGAUCAAGUAUUCUGAGAAGGUUUAUGAUGCUUGUAUGGAUGCCUUUGAUUGCCUCCCACUGGCUGCACUCAUGAACCAGCAGUUCCUAUGUGUACAUGGAGGGCUGUCUCCAGAAAUCAACAGCUUAGAUGAUAUUCGUAAACUAGAUAGAUUCAAAGAGCCACCAGCAUUUGGAGCUAUGUGUGAUUUGCUUUGGUCUGAUCCAUUGGAGGACUUUGGAAAUGAAAAAAAUGCUGAACACUUUUCACAUAACUCUGUGAGAGGUUGUUCUUAUUUCUACAGCUAUGCAGCUUGUUGUGAUUUUCUCCAAAGAAACAAUUUACUGUCGAUUAUCCGCGCUCAUGAGGCUCAAGAUGCAGGAUAUAGAAUGUACCGUAAAAGUCAGACCACAGGCUUUCCCAGUCUCAUUACCAUAUUUUCAGCACCUAAUUACUUGGAUGUCUACAACAACAAAGCUGCUGUUCUUAAGUAUGAAAAUAAUGUGAUGAACAUCAGGCAAUUCAACUGCUCACCACACCCAUACUGGCUACCCAACUUUAUGGAUGUCUUCACCUGGUCCUUGCCAUUUGUUGGUGAGAAGGUUACAGAAAUGUUGGUGAAUGUACUAAAUAUUUGUUCUGAUGAUGAGCUUAUGUCAGAGGGUGAUGAUGCAUUGGAGGAAGCAAAUCUCAGGAAAGAAGUUAUACGUAAUAAGAUUCGUGCCAUUGGAAAAAUGGCCCAUGUGUUCUCUGUGCUUCGUGAAGAGAGUGAAUCUGUAUUGCAACUCAAGGGGCUUACACCAACAGGUGCCCUACCACUGGGAGCCCUUUCUGGGGGAAAGACAUCUCUGAAAAAUGCCCUUCAGGGCUUUUCACCUAAUCACAAGAUUACCUCUUUUGCUGAGGCAAAAGGUUUGGAUGCUAUUAAUGAACGCAUGCCACCACGGCGAGAUGGCCAACGCACACCAGACCCUCAAGAGAAGAAACCACAUGUUGUUAACAGCAAUGCACACUCGUGAAGUGCUUGCUGAAGCUUCUCUUCAAUCCCCACCUGGUGGUCCACAGUACUAGUGGUGGUGAAAUAUUUGUGAAGGAGACUUAAGAUUUGGAAUGAUAUUUCACUCUCAUAUUUACAAGGAGGAGUUGAAGGGAAUUGCCAUAGAUACUAAAUAUUUUAAAAUUUGGAUUUAACUUUUUUCAAUAGAUAAAAAUAAAAAAUUUCUUGUUAAGAUAUUACCUUUCGAUAUUUAAAAUAUUAUAUCUGAUCUGCAGGCAACAAAUUUGUUUAGUCAAUUAAAUAUUAAGGUUGCACAUUUAUUUAUAACGCGCUGCACUAUUUAAUUUUGGUAAAGUAAUUAUAAAUUUUCAAAUGAAAAGACAUGAUAUUGUAAUAUAAAUUUAUUCAGAUUAUCUUCUUAUAUUCAAAAUUGUUAUCUAUGUUAGUGAAAGUUAGACAUGACUAUUAUUUUCAAAGCAUAAUUAGCUGUGAUAUUAAGCGAUGAUCAAUAUUAUUUAAUAGCAGUUUGCUAGGGCAAAAGGGGACGGAUUGGAGUGUUCAUUGGCUAAUCAUGCAUUGAAAUUGUGAGUUGGUGAAGUUCUUGGCUUGGGUGUGUCUUUAUAUUCUAAUAUCUAAGUAAUAUAAUUAUGUAUAGUCCAUGGCACAUGGUGUUGUCGCAGUGUGUGUGUGUGCUGUAAAUAUGCCAAGUGCGUACACACACAUUAUUGCAGCUUUAACACAUGGGAUAAAUAUUACUCUCUUUAAUAUCUUUGCUACAAGUUGUACUUAAUUGUAUUUUAUUGUACAAAAUAAAUUACUAUUUAAAAUAUACUUAAACUAAUUUAUAUUUGGAUGUGUGCUGGCUAAUCGUUGCCUGCAUGCAGUUGUCUUGUAUGCUGGAACAUCACAUAUUAAUGUUUCUUAGUCAUAAUGUUUCCGUAUAUAAGGUGUAGUGGCUAGUCUAAUUGCAGAUUUUCUUACAGCUUCUAUUUAAUAUUUCACUUAAUUAAUAAUUAAAUAGGUCUUUGACCAGUGCACUGUUGGAAAAUCUCUUUUGGUCUGCCAAAUAUUUUCAUUCGAUAAGUUGUCAUUGUGAAUACUUCAAGAGGGUUAUCCUAUUUUCAGAGUCAAUAAACUAUGUAUUUUAUCUCAAUUCAGUGUGUAGUUCUUCAUAUGUUUCUGUACUUUUGAAUAAAUUUUGCCUUUGUAAAAACUAACAAUAUAUUUAAUUUUAUUUUGUACUAAUCAAGGGAAGUGGUGUUUUAUCCUUAUAAAAUAUAUUAACAUUGAGCUCCGUU